CUCAAGUCACCAAUCUGAUUAUCAACAAUUGCAAUCCAUUAUAGUAACUCAAUAAUCGAAUACAAGUACACAAUAGCGUAAGUUCCCUUAAUAUUCUGAUUGUAGUGCGGUUAGUCGUCUGGAAAUAUUUAACUAUUGUGAAACUGUAUUUCAACAAAUCAAAUAGUCAUUAUUCUUAUUUGAUCGGUUAUGUGCCCCGACGGACACUUGUGCAUAAAAAAACAAAAUGAGCUCUCGGCGGCACGACAGGGACGAUGAGGAGCCAGAGUUCAUCGUUGAAAAUAUUCUUGAGAAGAAAAUUAAAUGCAAUAAGGUCUAUUAUCUGCUCAAGUGGAAAGGCUACCCGGACAGUGACAACACCUGGGAGCCAGCAGACAACCUUGAAGACUGUCGAGAUCUCAUCCGGGAUUUUGAAGAAAAGCUGAAAAGGAAAUCGAAAGGCCUCCUUUCCGAUAAGGAGGCGGGGGGAAGUCAUAGUGGUGGGUUGUUUUGUGGUUCAACUUCAGCCGGUGGGAAACGCCGAGUGGCUGCCCUCGGAACUGCUGGGGGUGAGCAACAGACCGCCAUGAAACAACGCGGAACAACUGGAAAAACCUCCACAGGAUUCGAUCGAGGUUUAGAAGUGGAGCGUAUUAUUGGGAUGACAUCGCAGGCGGGCUCAAGAGAAAUUAGAUUCGUCAUUAAGUGGCAGGGCUGUGAUGAGGCUGACCUGGUACCCGCUCGGGUGGCCAAUGCUAAGUGUCCCCAGGCCGUCAUUCGUUUCUACGAGGAGAGGAUUACGUGGGACACAGUUUCCUAGGUGUGGGCGGAAUGUCCAGUACCUUAUCACCAUAUAUAUAUAUAUAUAUUUUUGGAAAGUUGUGCUUCGCUCCUUUCUUGUAUUUUCGUAAAUCCAUGUGUUGUGUUAUUUGUAAAAAUAUAAACGUGUAUAUAUAUAUAAGUAUAUAAUGAUAAAAAAUCAUAACAAUCACAUUGUAUAUACCGACCAUUUUGCAGUAAAUGCAUUCUUAUUUAGAAGCAUUAUUGCUAGUGUUGUUAAAGCUAACCAAUGCCCUCACGUUCAGUUCUUUCUGCCUAUGCGUGCGCCGACAUAUCGAGCUGCGUAGUUGCCUCUUUUCAUUGAUAUUAUUGUUCCUUUUUUGAACGUCGUCGGCUAUUUUUAUUGAGUGGGCAGAUCCUCCAAGUUACUCCUUUGCCAUAAUAUGAAAAACUUGUAAAAAAAAAAAUAGAAGGUCUGGCUGAGGUGAGUCUUUGUGACUUUAUUUGAAAUUUCCCGAACAGAAACCUAUACAACGGCAUAAUAAGCGUAUGCUAUGGUGACCGUUUGGCUGAAAUUUGAAUUAGAGAUGGCGGCAGGUUCUCGAUUAUUAUAGCAACGUACAGAGAUAUGCGCAUUAGCCAUUUCUCGCACUCGAACACAGUUUUUCAAGCAAAUGUAACGUUUAAACUAACUGGUGGCCGUAGAGGGCUCAAGGAGUGUACACACAAGUGCAAUUAUCUUUACGUGCUCUUUAUGCAACUGACCGGCGAGCUUUAAUUGUAAGUAAGAUGCCGCACUAGAUGGCAAAACAAAAUCAGCUUUGCCAAAUAAUAUUCUAGAUCCUAAUCGAUACUUCAUGCACCUAAAAAAAGAAACGCUAAGAAGUAUGUUUACUUAUAUGUUAAAUCUUACAGUGGCGUAACAAAAAUUGACUACAAAUGGAAUUUAACAAAAUUAUUAUAUUGGUAUGGAAAUAGGUAGGGUAAGGUUUAUGAAAAAUAUUUAUGUUGAAGAAAGUACCCAAUUUUUUUUAAGAAUACGAACCUCUCGUUGUGUAAGCUU